CAAGAGGGCGGUUCGUGUACAAAGUGUUCACGAUUGCGUGUUUUAUUCCGUUAUCAGAGGCGGCCGCCACCGCGCCACCACCGUCGUUGUCGUCUUAGACGUCGCCGAUCCACCGUUGAUACGGCAACGUCGCUUCCGCUGUUGCGUUUCGCCGUCCGUCGGUAGACAGCGCCAGUGUGUUUAUUAAUCUCUCGGUGAGCAGCGACUCGGUUCUAACCAAACCAAAAAGCGAAAACCGAACAGAUCGUCUUAGUAGUUGUAGUUCGUGCUAUGGCCGCGACGUGUUUCUUUUUCGAUCGGUUAUUUUUUCUUGUUUUUUGUUUUGUUAAUAACCAUUUCUUUACGACAACAUACAACGGCGUGUUAUGCUGAAACCACCAAAUAGAAGAGGACGUGACGCGUCUUGAAAGAAGUGGAGGCAGGCGAUGAUGGGUGAUCAGCGUGGUGAAGCGCCGGAACGACUGCUCGAGCAGCAGAUCAUGCAGCUAAAGAAACAACAACAGCUGCAGCAGCAAAUAUUGUUGCACCAUUUCCAACAACAACAGCGACACCUUGCCGAACAACACGAACAGGAACUUCGACAACACCUGAAGGAUUUUUGGGAACAACAGAAGAAGAUACAGGAGAUGCGACAACGGGAACAGCUCGAGGCGCUCCGCAAAAAGGAGAAACACGAGGAAAGUGCUGUUGCUUCGAACGAGGUUAAACAAAAAUUGCAAUCGUUUUUACGACAACGAGCUAGUGGUUGUUCGAAGGCUCCAACGCAGGAAAAUUCAUGGUCUGAGGGAAUGGAAACAAAUUCAGAUCAAAAUUCCAGUAAUGAUUUUCCAUUAAGAAAAACAGCCUCGGAACCGAAUUUGUUAAAAGUUCGAUUAAAACAGCGCGUUAUGGAACGUAGAACGAAUCCGAUGACUAAACGACAUCUUCCGCCAUCUCUCAAGAAGAAAUUGUUGAGUAGUUGUUUGCCCCCAAGCGAAUCACCACCGCAGGAGCCGCCGAAAGAAUUGAGUCCGCCGUGCGACUCCGAGGAGUACCAAAGACACGUGUUGUUUAGCAGCCCGUCGAUGCCGAAUAUCUCUUUGGCCGCCCAUCAUCUCUCACCGGAUCUUUCGGAGGCCGCUUUAAGAGCAAGGUGUACAGCCAGGCUUGGAAUGCCCCUUACUGGACAAAUGCUGCCUGGCACAUUGCCGUUUUAUCCUUCAUUACCCGCCAUCGAAAGCGAACACGAAGAAGGCUCAACUUUAGACACUAUUAGUGAAUUACAGGAACCUCCAACAAGAGGUGUGAUACGCCCUUUAGGCCGAACUCAAUCAUCCCCUUUACCUCUCGGCCAUCCACUUUUAGAUGGAGUGCAACCACCGCCCUUACCGCCACCUCCACCUAUAGAAGAACAAGAACAACGAGAUCUUGAUUUAAGGGCAAAUGAAUCGAGAAGUAUACGUCCGUUAUCACGAGCAUUAAGCAGUCCAGUAGUUCAUCUUGGAGCACCGGGUGUAGCACCGACGCUCUCAAGACGACGAGCAUCUUCGACACCAACAACCGGCCUUGCUUUUGAUAACCAAAUGUUAAAGCACGCUUGCGUUUGCGGUAACAACAGCAUCCAUCCGGAACAUGCAGGUCGGUUGCAAAGUAUAUGGGCGAGACUUUUAGAAACCGGAUUGGUGCAACGUUGCGACCGAUUAAGGCCGCGAAAAGCGACUCCUCAAGAACUCCAAACGUGUCAUUCGGAAGCGCACGCUCUCUUAUACGGUACCAGUUCGUUGAAUCGACAUAAAAUGGAUAUGAGUAAAUUAUCUUCGUUGCCAGUUACGACAUUUGUGAGAUUACCUUGCGGAGGAAUUGGAGUUGAUACGGAUACAACGUGGAAUGAUCUUUUUACAGCGCCCGCUGCAAGAGUCGCGGUGGGUUGUACCGUUGAUUUAGCGGUAAGAACUUGGACUGGCGAUAUUAGGAAUGGAUUUGCCAUUGUUCGGCCGCCUGGACAUCACGCCGAACCGGAACAAGCGAUGGGUUUUUGUUUUUUUAAUUCGAUAGGAAUAGCGGCGAGGAUUUUGCAAAACGAACACCACGUACAAAAAAUACUCAUAUUUGAUUGGGAUGUUCAUCACGGAAAUGGAACUCAACAAAUUUUUUAUGAUGACCCGAGAAUAUUAGUGAUCUCAAUGCAUCGACACGACGAUGGUAAUUUUUUUCCUGGUACAGGUAAUCCGGAUGAGUGCGGCAACGGUCCCGGAUUAGGUUUUAACGUUAACAUCGCUUGGUCAGGCGGAUUAAAUCCUCCAUUAGGUGAUGCGGAAUAUUUAGCGGCAUUUCGAACAAUCGUAAUGCCAAUCGCUCGGGAAUUUAAUCCGGAUAUUGUGUUGGUUUCCGCUGGAUUCGACGCAGCGGAAGGUCAUGCACCUCCAUUGGGCGGUUAUCGUGUUUCUCCGGGUUGUUUUGGGUUUAUGACGCGACAAUUAAUGCAAUUAGCUCACGGCCGCGUCGUUUUAGCAUUGGAAGGUGGUUAUGAUUUGCCCUCGAUAUGUGAUUCAGCGGAGGAGUGCGUGCGCGUUUUAUUAGGCGAUCCACCGUCGCCUAUUUCCGUAUCAGAACUAAGUAAAUCGCCGUGCGCGAACGCGAUCGUCGCGUUACAGAAAGUGAUCAGGAUACAGACGAUGCACUGGCCGUGUUUGCAAGAAAGUGCGAAAAGUGUCGCGUGUUCGUUUAACGAUGCAGUUCGUAACGAAAAGGACGACAAGGAUACUGUGUCGGCGAUGGCGAGUCUGUCGAUGCAACAACAGGGAGUGGUACUAACUAGGUACCCAAGUCCGAAUGUUACGGAAGGCAUGGCCAGUUAAUGUCGGGCUAUCAAUAGUAGCAAAAGAAGAAGGAGGAAGGCAAAAGUCAAAACAUUCCGGCGGUUCAAUUGGCCGCUUUUAACGUUAAGAUCAAAUUAUCGUGUGUUUUAUUUUUGUUAAUAUAUUUGAAAGUUUUUAAUAAAAUUGAUUUAUUUACUUUUA